AUGUCUGAUACUCCUACCGAACACCUCGGACUGCGCGAUUAUCCUGAGGACGCACUCUACGGCAUAUUAUCCUUCCUUCCUGAUCCAGUCGCACCAGUCCACACAGGCGACGGUCCGCUGAUCGCCCGUCGCCUGACCGAACAGCCCAAGCUCACAGUGCUGAAGGACAAAGGCUACGAACGCCACGGGUGGCUUCCCUCGACUUGGGUUUGCAGACUUUGGCGCUCUAUAAUCCUUUCCCAGAAGUGGCAUCAUGUUCCUCUUGUACCUAGGAGCGAUAUGUCCAUCUCUAUCAUACGUUCAUUCGCGCCUCUUCCCAUUGAUCUCUACAUUGACGAGAAGGAGAGAGAGCUCCCCGACUCCCGUCAAGCUAUUGAAACAGUCAUUGGACUCUUCGGGACUCGUCUGCAUGCGAUUCACCUUUGGACGAGCGGCGGCGAGCGGUCUCUUGAUGACCCUGUACUCUUUGAUGGUCUGCGUGCAGUGCAGACACCGGCUUUGCAAAAAUUCUAUGUCCACUGCGUAGAAUCUCGUCUAGCUGGUCUCUUCGGCGGCAAUAACAGUGUCACCGUCGUCAUCGUUGGACACUCUCCGGGCGUCCCUUUGCCUGCGAGCUUGGGUUCCCAUUUGCAAAUCCUGGAUUUAAACCGAUGCAAGGUCGUCAAUCCAAGCGCGCUUCAAUCCUGCGCCCCGAAGAUUGUCUGUCUACGGGACUGUCAAGGCUUCUGGGGCCGCGACGAGCCUCAUCCUUUUAUCGUCGAUGGCGUACCAAUGUUUGACCCCGAGAUUACCGAUGGACAACAAUUUGGCAUACCGAUCAAGUGUCAUCUACUUCGAGUUCUCCGUUUGUUCUCCGGCUCUUUGCCAUCAGCGGAGGUGCUCGCCGCAGUCGGCGGCCAGGUCUCACUCCCCGUUCUUGAAGAGUUGGAAUUAUCCGGCUUCAUACCCGACGUCGAACGAGUCUUCGAGGCACUCGUAUUCCCUCCUACAGCUUCAGUUUAUUUAUCGUGCACCUACGGUUUUGAGGAAGUCGACCUCUCCUCCAGACCACUGGUUCACCGAUUGGCAGUUCGAUACUCCGAAGGCGAUGCCGUGACGAGUUUUAGCUGGGACACGAUGAAGUUAGAUGUCAAAGAGGGAUACUUCUCUCUGGAAUGCGUCAGUGCAAGGGGCACACUGCUCGCGAUAUCUUUCCGAGACAUGAUGGGAGGGCGUCCCGCAAUGGCCGUGCAUCGACGAUUCGAGAUAGCCAACUCUUUCCUAGGUGGCGCAUUAGCCAUCUUCGCAGAUGCACAGGCGCUCUCUGUGUACAGCUCCAUUGAAUUUGAAACCGAUUGGAUUACCGGGGAGCAACGACGCUGCCGCUGGGUCGAGCCGGCGGCUGUCCAUAUGAUGGCCAUCACAGACCUUGCACUUACGCCUCAGGCGGCAAAACACUUCCUGGAGUAUUGCGAAAAGCAAAGGGCGGAAGGAAACACGCGAGACACCCUUUCCCAGUUGGAACGCCUAAAACUGCUGAUCCCUUCCCCUAACGACACGCAAUACACGAGCCCGCUAGGAAGGGAUAUUUUGCUUGGUCUUCGCGCAGAAUCGAGUGCGAGAGAAACACCAUUCCAAGUAGUGUUCGACGAAGGCGUGCUUGGAGAGGGCGAGAUGUCAUCUGCCGAAGAUAUACCUGAGGAGUGA